AUGUCCCAGCGCGUGUGUGUGGCAGACUUCGAGGCUCAGGCCCGGACCGUGCUGCCCAAAGCGGUGUACGACUACUACCGCUCUGGGGCCGAUGAGCAACGCACUCUGCACGACAAUGUGGAGGCCUUCAACAGGUGGUGUGUGGUGCCCCGUGUCCUCCGGGACGUCUCCUCUGUGGACAUGUCUGUGAGCGUCCUGGGACAGCGGCUGAGCUUCCCUGUGUGUGUGGCGUCCACAGCCAUGCAGAGGAUGGCCCACCCGGACGGGGAGGUGGCCACCGCCCGAGCCUGCAGGGCGGUGGGCACAGGCAUGAUGCUGAGCUCCUGGGCCACCUCCACCAUCGAGGAGGUGGGGGAGGCUGGGGGGGCUCCAGGGGGGGCUCCCGGGGGGGUCCUGUGGCUGCAGCUGUACAUCUACAAGGACCGCGAGCUCAGCCUGUCUCUGGUGCGGCGGGCGGAGCAGGCCGGGUACCAGGCCGUCUUCCUCACCGUGGACACGCCCUACCUGGGCCGCCGCUGGGACGACGUGCGGAACCGCUUCAAACUACCCUCACACCUCAGCAUGUCCAACUUCUCGGCCCCCUCCAUGGCCUUCUCCGAGGGCAGCUACGGCGCCGACAGUGGCCUGGCCGUGUACGUGGCCAAAGCCAUCGACCCCACGCUGAGCUGGGAGGACGUCCUGUGGCUCAAGAGGAACACCCGCCUGCCCGUCAUCCUCAAGGGGGUCCUCAGCGUGGAGGAUGCGUGUCAGGCGGUGGAGUGUGGAGUGGACGGGAUCCUGGUGUCUAACCAUGGAGCGCGGCAGCUCGAUGGUGUACCAGCAACGCUGGACGUCCUGGAGGAGGUGGUGCGAGCCGUGGGGGGCCGCUGUGAGGUGUUCCUGGACGGGGGGGUGCGGAGGGGCACAGACGUCCUCAAGGCCCUGGCUCUGGGGGCCAAGGCCGUGUUCCUGGGGCGGGCGGUGCUCUGGGGGCUGGCCUGUCAGGGGGAGGAGGGCGUUACAGAGGUCCUGAACCUGCUGAGAGAGGAGCUGCGACUGGCCAUGGCUCUGGCAGGCUGCCGUUCGCUCGCAGAGGUCACGAAAGCGCUGCUCAGGCGCAGAGACUUCUCUCGGUUGUGA